AUGUGGAAACGUCUGCGUUUCCUCGUCCUGGCGGUAGUUGUGAUCGCUAGGAUUCACUUAACCAGUGCCCAAAAUCCCCGUCUCGGUGGUGCUGUAAAUAUUUUCGCUCGUUACGGUUACCUGAGCAUAAGUAUGAGAGUUGUACCACGAAAUGACACAAACAAGUGGAUAUUUCGUGAGCCAACAGUGGAUGUCUUUCAAAAUCCCCAACCAGCACCACCAAGACAACGUGCAAAGAGUGCAGCGGUAUUCGAAGGAGACUUUCACAUGGAAUUUUGUGACAAUGUCAGACAACUUUUGCAGGCUUACUUUCGUGAUUUCUCCUUUGAAACAUUGGACAGACCCUGGAGGGCAUUUACAGCGAGUUGGUCAACGUCAGCAAUGGCCAGAAAUUUGGGGAUAAAUUCGUCGUUCAUUUCGGGGGACUAUUGUUAUGUGCUAGUGCGAGUUGCUAGAUUCAGAGAUCAGGAAAAACUCGCUGGAGUGUCGGAAAAUCUUGUUCUUGAUGAAAGUGUCGCUAGGGAAAUGAAUAAUAUUACUGUUGGGGAUACUGUCAGUGUUAUCACGUUUAUCAAGAAUUUUGGAUCACAUUACAUAUCGUCUUUCGUCACUGGCAAUUCCCUUUAUCAGGUAUUCGUAUACACUCCUCAAGUAUACCGAGGAAUAAAAGAACGACUGAAGACACAUGGUGUUGCUGACCUAUCGAGUCGCGAACUACGUAAUUAUUUUUCACCUUGGUACGCUAACCACAUGGGUGCCAUACAAUCAGCGAGUGGCAAUAAAUCAGUGGAGGCAUGGGCGAUUGACAGUCUCCGAGUGGAGUAUUACAUAUUCACAUAUGCAAGCCUCCUGAAGCUUCAUGGUGAUGCCAGCUUGUUGGGUGAACUCGACGGAUUGUUGAAUAAUGAAGCUGUACUUCAACUACAAUUGCGCACCUUAGCACCACAUUUCAAGGACGCUGAAAGACGUGAUUGGUUCCUGGAAGUAAUCGAUAAUUACUUCAAACUGUGGGAGGUCAACAUGUGAUGUGAUAGAGUUUAUCACUGUGAUACGAUGGAUUUUAUCCUCGUUGUGAGUAUCAUCGCCAAUCAACUGUGUUCCAGGAGUAUUGAUGGCUAUGAUGUGACUCGUUCGAGGUUCUCUCAUUGAGAAACUUCAGUGAUUCUGUGAACUCAAGGAUUAUUACUCUGUGGUGAUCUCGGUGUCAGACUGAAUGAAAUUAAUGAACUCAAGCUCAUUUAUAUUUUUUAUGUGAAAAAGAAACAAACACCAAGUGCUCUCCUCAUUUCCAUUAAUUACCAACGAAAAUGUAAUCUGUUAUUGUUAUAAAUAAGUAUUUAUUAUGUAAUCGUUAAUAGAAAAACCUUUUAUACAAA